GCCUGCCUCCAGACUGCGGCGAUAAACAAAAGCACGCAGCGUGACGUCACAGGAGCUCCGCGGUGACACUCUCCCAUUCUCCGGAUCGUCUCGCUCUCAUUUGACGAGUAUCGCAGUCGGAAGCGGGACGUGAGUGGAAAAGAUAGCCGUCAAAGGAAGGCGACUUGGCUGUUGGAUCACUUGAAGGUCCGUGCCGGCGCCGCGCCGCGAACAUGACGGAGGUCCGGCGGCGAGGCGGAGGGGGAGAAGAGCGGGACAGCACCGACAACAUCAGCGACAAGGAGACGGACAGUGACGACAAGUUGGGCCUGCAAGGCGACACUGAGGGGGAAUGCGACGUGGACACCAAGGCGGACACUCCCGACGUUCCGGCGUCCACGGCGGACACGGACAACACUCCAGAGUAUCUCAACAAGGCCCUGGAAGGCCUGCCGCCAAGAUGGAAGAACUACUGGAUACGAGGAAUUCUGUCCAUACCCAUGAUUUCUUUCUUCUUCCUGAUCAUCUACCUGGGACCACUCACUCUCAUUUUAAUGGUGAUGAUCGUCCAAAUCAAGUGUUUCCAAGAAAUCAUCACCAUCGGUUACAAGGUGUAUCGAUCCUACGACCUGCCCUGGUUCAGAACCCUCAGUUGGUACUUCCUGAUCUGCGUCAACUAUUUCUUCUACGGUGAGACGCUGGCCGACUACUUUGGUGCGCUGGUGCAGAGGGAGGAGCCUCUGCAGUUUCUGUCUCGCUACCACCGCUUCAUCUCAUUCACUUUGUACCUGGCAGGUUUCUGCAUGUUUGUGCUGAGUUUAGUGAAGAAACAUUACCGCCUGCAGUUUUACAUGUUUGCUUGGACCCAUGUGACGCUGUUGAUUGUAGUCACUCAGUCGCACCUUGUCAUUCAGAACCUGUUUGAAGGGAUGAUCUGGUUCAUCGUGCCCAUCUCCAUCGUCAUCAGCAACGACAUCGGUGCUUACCUGUUUGGCUUCUUCUUUGGAAGGACGCCGCUCAUCAAGCUGUCCCCUAAGAAGACGUGGGAAGGUUUCAUCGGAGGUUACUUCUUCACCGUCAUCUUUGGAUUCAUUCUGGCUUACCUGCUGUCCCAGUUCCAGUACUUUGUGUGUCCUGUGGGUUUCAGCAGUGACAGCAACAGAUUCACUGUGGAGUGUCAGCCCUCACAACUCUUCAUCAUGCACGACUACACACUGCCUGACAUCUUGCCAUGGAAGAGCGUGAGCAUGUUUCCAUUCCAGAUCCACAGCAUCUUCCUCUCCUCCUUCGCCUCGCUCAUCGGACCUUUUGGUGGAUUCUUUGCCAGCGGCUUCAAGAGAGCCUUCAAGAUCAAAGAUUUUGCCAGCACCAUCCCGGGUCACGGAGGCAUCAUGGACCGCUUUGACUGCCAGUACCUGAUGGCCACCUUCACGCACGUCUACAUCGCCAGCUUUAUCAGAGGUCCCAACCCCAGCAAAGUCAUGCAGCAGCUGAUGAUGCUGCCCCCCGAACAGCAGCUGAGCAUCUUCCACACCCUGACCUCACACCUGAGGGAGCACGGUCUGCUGUGAGAGUGUAUGCACACACACACACACACACACACACACACACACACACACACUGUCAUCCAUCUUCAAACCAAAACCACCACACCAAAAAUACAAACAGUUUUUGCCGGGAGGGCUUGCCGCCCCCCUGUGGACAAAUGUUGCACUGCACUGACCGUGACGAACAAAAGGGACUCGUGAAGCGUUCACCGGCACAAAGUGAAGAAGACACUCUUCUACUUGCUACAUGUAGCAUGUAUGCUAACUAGCUUUUAGCACCUUCAUCCAAUGGUAGCACAUGUGCUAAUAUUGUACAUAUGAUAUAUAGAUAAGAGAUAUGGCAUGGACACAUUUAGUUAGAAGGUGUUGGGAACUACAGAUGUUAUGUACAGGCACUGGUAAACAAAGGUAGAUGAUGCAAUAAAUGAGCGUGUUGUGCACAGGGUCAAAACCCAACUAAGAAUGCUAGCAACUAGCGGCGCAGGACGUACAUGGUCAGAUUGAAGUGUAGAUCUUUCACUUUACAGCCACCUUGACUAGUAAUAUAGCACUCUGCAUAGCGAGUGUUUCUUCUCCUGCUAAGGAAGUUAGCAUUGACUAGUAAUAUAGCACUCUGCAUAGCGAGUGUUUCUUCUCAUGCUAAGGAAGUUAGCAUUGACUAAUAAUAUAGCACUCUGCAUAGCGAGUGUUUUUUCUCAUGCUAAGGAAGUUAGCAUUGACUAGUAAUAUAGCACUCUGCAUAGCGAGUGUUUCUUCUCAUGCUAAGGAAGUUAGCAUUGACUAAUAAUAUAGCACUCUGCAUAGCGAGUGUUUCUUCUCAUGCUAAGGAAGUUAGCAUUGACUAGUAAUAGCACUCUGCAUAGCAAGUGUUUUUUUCUCAUGCUAAGGAAGUUAGCAUCAGCUUGUUUUUUUUCGGUGGCAUUCACUGCUAGCUGAACACAUGAGCCUAUUUGGCUUUGUGGCUAAGGCGCCCCCUGCUGUGUGUCUGCUGUAACGCUAGUUUGUCAGCAUUCCAUAUGGAAGUAAUAUUGGAGCAAAGCUAUUUGUCUAUCUCAAUCUGUGCGUCUGUGAUCAGAUUCUUGUGUGUCUGUUCUAAUUUGUGUGUGCGUAUCUCAAUUUGUGUGUGUGUAAUCAGAUCGUGUGUGUGUUCUAAUGUGUGUUUGUGUGUAUCGCAAUGUGUGUGUGUGUAAUCAAAUCUGUGUGUGCGUAUUCUAAUUUGUGUGAGUGUAUCUCAAUGUGUGUGUAUGUACUCAGAUCUGUGUCUGUGUUCUAAUUUGUGUGUAUUUUAAUGUGUGUGUGUGUGUGUGUGUGUGUGUAGUCAGAUCAGCCUGUGCGUGUUAUAAUUGGUGUGACAGUAUUUCGAUCUUUGUAAAAAUAAAAAAAAUUAAAAUGUGUAUUCAGAUGAAUGUGUAGCAGAAAGUCUCACACGUAAGAUGUGUGUGUCUGUGCAGUGAUUAUAAAUAAAAAAAACAUUUUAUUUCCCUGCACUCCCCAUUAGUGCUAGCUCAUCUUGUUCUGUGGGCACACCUCACUUCUUGACACAUGGGACAAAUAAGUUACUCAUCAUUGUCAUAUGUUCCACAUGGAACAACAUGCAUGGUGCCAAGUCAUCAUUGUUGUAUGUUCCACAUCGAACAACAUGAGCUACCACUAGUGGGGAGUACAGGGAAAUAAAAAUGUGAGGUUGUAGACACACAAGUCUUGUGUACACCUUCUAAUCACUGCACAGACGCACACAUCUUACAUGUAAAGAUCAGCAUUUCUGCUUCACACUAAUCUGAAUACACACUCUCACACACAUACAGAUUGAACUACAUGCAGACAGAUUUUAUUUUUUUACACACACACAUUGAGAUACAGACACACAAAUGACUACACAGACACAUGAAUCUGAUUACACACACACACACAGAUUGACAUACAAACACACAAAUGAUUACACGGACACAUGAAUCUGAUUACACACAAAACACACACACACAGAUUGAGAUACAGACACACAAAUGAUUACACAGACACAUGAAUCUGCAUACACACACCCAACACAAACACACAGAUUGAGAUCCACUUUUUCCAAUAGUUAUGCAGCAAUAAUACUUCCGUAAUUGUACUACUGAACUCUUCCAAGAUGAAGACUCACUAUGCUAAUGAAGCUAACAAUGCUAAUGAAGCUAACGAUGCUAGCUGCACUAUGCUAAUGAGGCUAACGAUGCUAGUUGCACUGUGUGGUCUUCCAAUGCCACCAUCAUCUUUAGAAUGUGUGGAAGAGUAUAUAUUUAAGGUUUGUUUGUGUGUAUACACUCUAUGCAAACACCUGUGAAAAUGUUUAGAAAAAAAAGUGCAGUUUGUUUUUUAUGCAAGGUUUCUCUGAAUGUGGGCGGGGCUUGGUGUGACCAGGAGGAAGUGAUCCAAAUGUUUACCAAAGCGCUGACUUCCUGACACGCCCUGUUGGACUAAAAAAACGGGUUUGGACUUGAAAGUUUUGCACCUGCUGCUUUUAUUUACUGGGACCGGCGGAAGGGGUUUUUAUUGUGAAAGGGCGCCAGCACCACUUUCAUAUCACAAGCAGUGCACUGUUAGGUUUUAUUGAUUGUUGUAUUGAUGAUGAAUGUGGGCGGGGCACAGGUGAAUAAAAUGUUUUUUUUCCUGUGAA